AUGGCUGAAAACAUACUCACCUUCUGCACUGCUGAAAUCCCACCCGAACUAAUCUCCCGCUUCAUUAAACUCUCCCAACGCACACAAGAAAGUUCCAAAAUCUGGUCUAUCGUCCGCACACCCACUUCCCAUCCCCUGGGCAAACGCACCCGCACCACCAUCUCUCCAUUCCGCACCGGUUUCCUAGACGCCUCUCUCUCCACGCUCUCCGAAUUCGUGACUUCGGCCCCGCAAACCGACGGGUACCAUUUCAGCCGCAACACAUUCGCGGUACUAGAUGCGCGGAGUGUAGAAGAUGAGACGGUGGUGUUGUGGAGUCGAUUAGAAAGUAUGCCGAUGGAGGUUGUGGAGAAACGGGGAUGGGAUGAGAGCAAGAGAACGAUCGAGUGGAAGGAUUAUCGAGUGGAGUUUUGUAAGGCGUGUUGGGUGGUGGGGGUGCUCGAAACGAAACCGGGGUUGUUUUGGGAAAUUGUGGAGAAGGGUCAGGGGACUAGUGUGGAUGGGGAGGGGAUCCUCAAAGUGGAUACCCCGAUGAAGGAUUGUGAUUUGGGGGAGGAGGAGGAUGUUUCGACGGAUGAGGAUAGUUUGUGA